GUCAGCAUGCACAGCACGACACUUCUCCAUGACACCGCGAAGACGGCUGAUGGAGACGUCUGGCUUCACCGAAGAGCAAAUGACGGUCCGAGAGUCGAUCUUCAAGGUGUGCUCACGCUUCACAGAUGACUACUGGAUGGAGCACGACUACAGUGGCGAAUAUCCAGGAGAACUGCACGCCGCAUUGGCCAAAGAUGGCUGGCUCGGCAUUGCUCUACCGGAGAGUUUGGGUGGUGCUGGUUUGGGUAUAUCCGAGGCCACGAUGAUGAUGCAGACUAUAUCAGAGUCCGGCGCCGGGAUGGCGGGUGCCCAGUCUAUACACGCCAACGUGUAUGCCACGCAACCAGUCUCCAAGUUCGCAACGCCGGAACAACGGGAUCGUUUCUUGAAGAAGAUUGUCAGUGGCGAAUGGAGAACCUGCUUCGGUGUGACAGAACCGAACACUGGACUCGACACGCUGAAACUCAAGACUCUGGCUACACCAGAUGGCGACGGCUAUCGGAUCUCGGGCCAGAAGAUCUGGAUCACGAAUGCGCAAAUAGCACAAAAGAUGGUCUUACUUGCUCGAACGACUGCCCUCGAAGAUGUGAAGAAGCCGAGCGAAGGUCUCAGCAUGCUCUACAUCGACCUUGACAAGUCAGAUCCAGGUUUGGAGAUCAAGAGAAUCAAGAAAAUGGGUGGCCGAGCCGUAGACGCGAACCAGGUCUUCUUCGACAACUACUAUGUGCCCAAGGAUUCACUGAUUGGAGAGGAGGGCAAGGGCUUCAAGAUCAUCCUCCAUGGCAUGAACGCUGAACGAUGUCUGCUCGCUGGAGAAGCCCUUGGUCUCGGUUAUGCGGCGCUGAAGAAAGCAACCGACUAUGCUCGUGAGCGCGUGGUAUUUGGCAGACCUAUUGGCCAAAACCAGGCGAUUCAGCAUCCACUUGCUUCGGCCUUUAUGCAACUCGAAGCUGCCAAGCUUGCAACCUAUCACGCGGCGAGGCUGUACGAUCGUAGCACACCUGAGCAUCCGGACUAUGAUGAGAGUAUCACGCAGCAUCAAGUCGGCGUGGCCGCCAAUUCUGCCAAGUAUGUCGCCGCGGAAGCUGCUUACACUGCCUGUGAGAGAAGUGUGAUGAGCAUGGGUGGCAUGGGCUAUGCCGCUGAAUAUCAUGUCGAGAGAUAUCUCCGAGAGUGCUUUGUGCCCAGGCUCGCUCCCGUCAGCCGGGAGAUGAUCAUGAACUUUAUUAGCGAAAAGGCGCUUGGCCUACCUCGCAGCUAUUGAAUGACCUCAGACGUUGCCAGGAAGCGUAGUCACCAGGGAGCGUAGCCACGGACUCCAGCCUGGCUCGAAUUGGGUUGAUCACCAACUCCUUCUUGCGACUUGGACUUCCAUCGCACUCUUGUAUGGAGAGACUUUGCGGAAAGGGGGUAUUCCACUUUCUUCGGCUCCCAAUCACCCUUACUACCGAAAUUGGGCGACCUCAAAGACUCAAGCUGCAACCAACACAGCUCGCUGCGCUGAAGAAGAUCGCAUCGACCACCAUCCGAAGCUGGAGCAGCACUAUCGUCUGUCUGUCUCUCUGUCUGGAACAGAUUGCAAGCCCAAACUCGUCGACACACCCCGGAAUGUUUCCACACUGCAAGCGGUCGUGAACUACAGUAUCUAUCCGUAC